AUGGGUACCCCUCUGACUUCUGAAGAGCUCAAGCGCUAUACCGCCAUUAUCGACGAUAUCCUCGAAACGUCCGACCUCGAAACAAUCUCGCGAAAGAAGAUUAGACAGGGUCUGGAGAAUGCUCUCGGUGGCCAAGAUUUGAGCGAGCAAAAGAACGCCAUAAAGCGGCUGAUCGAGGCUCGCUUUGAUGCCGUCUCUGGAGCUGAUACAGGCAUCACUCCUCCAACAACUUCGGACUCGCUCGCCGCCAACGGGACCUCCGAUGUGGGCGAUACCGAACAAUCUGCGACUCCUGAGCCUUCACGAAAGAAGGUCAAGCGAUCAUCAUCAGCCGAAGAGGCGGAUGCUCGACUCGCUGCUCAACUCCAAGCGCAGGAAAACAGCCUAGCUAGAGGGCGCAAGACUCGAGGCGGUGACAAGCCGACCAAGAAAAAGGCAGCACCACGCAAGAAGAGCGCAAAGAAGGUCAAAGCCGAUGACGACAGCGAUCUGGAGCCAGCCGAUGGCGAGACUGGCAAGAAGAGAAAGGCUGGCGGUGGUUUCCAAAAGCCUUUUAACCUGAGCGAGACCCUCUCGGAGCUGGUUGGCGAGACACAACUAUCCCGACCUCAAGUGGUCAAGAAGCUCUGGGAACACAUCAAAGCCAACGAUCUCCAGGAUCCAAAGGACAAGCGACAGAUCAUAUGCGACGACAAGAUGCAUGCAGUCUUCAAGCAAGCCAGGGUAGACAUGUUCAAGAUGAACAAGGAUAUCGGCAGCCACCUUUACCCCGUCGAAGAGUAA